AUGUCAAUCUUGACGAAUCUCCAUCUUUUCUUCUCUUGGUAUUACGUAUCACAUUCCAACCGAUUCGUUCAACCAUUUUCUUCUGAACAUGUGACAUCAAACCUAACGCGUCCUCAACCUAUUAGAAGCAAAUACCUAGCUAAUCCUGGAGGGUUUGGGUUCAGCUUCGGAUGGGGUGGUGGAGCUGGUGGCGACGGUGAUGGGUCUUUUGGCAAUGGCCAAGGGUAUCCUGGUCUUUUCCCCGAAUUCUACAGUUUCUCAUGUCCUCAAGCUAACGACAUUGUCAUGUCUGUUCUUGAGAGUGUCAUUGCAAAGGAGCCAAGAAUGGCUGCUUCUUUACUAAGACUUCACUUCCAUGACUGCUUUGUUCAGGGAUGUGAUGCGUCUGUCUUGUUGGAUGAUAAUGUAAUGUUUGCAAGCGAAAAAACCUCUGGGCCUAAUAGCAAUUCAAUUAGAGGAUUCGAAGUGAUCGAUGAGAUCAAGUCUAAACUGGAGGAAGCAUGUCCUCAGACAGUUUCUUGUGCUGACAUUCUUGCUCUUGCUGCUCGAGGUUCCACUGUUUUAAGUGGUGGACCUAAUUGGGAACUCCCGUUGGGAAGAAGAGAUGCAAUACAAGCAAGUCUCAGCGCCUCAAACAACAACCUUCCUCCACCAAACUCCACCAUUCAAAACCUUAUAAAACUUUUCCGGCGACAAGGGCUUAAUGAAGUUGACCUGGUGUCGCUUUCUGGAGCUCAUACCAUAGGAAUGGCUAGAUGUAGUGCAUUUAAGCAAAGGCUAUACAAUCAAGAUGGAAAUGAUGAACCAGAUUCAACUCUAGAGAUAACGUACUCCAAUGGUUUAAAAACAGUUUGCCCGAAAACUGGUGGUGAUAACAACAUUUCACCUCUAGAUUUUGCAUCUCCUUCAAGAUUUGAUAAUACAUAUUUUAAGCUCAUUAUGUUUGGAAAAGGACUUCUAGCUUCCGAUCAAGUGCUUCUGGCUGGAAAUGUUGAAGAAACUAUGCUUCUGGUGAAGGCAUAUGCGGAGGAUUAUGCUCUCUUUUUUGACCAGUUUGCUAGAUCUAUGGUGAAAAUGGGAAACAUUAAUCCACUCACUGGUUAUCAGGGCGAAGUGAGGAAGAAUUGCCGAAUGCCCAACUAAUUAUAUCUAUAUAACUAUUCGUGGUAUGAAUUCAUGAGGUGUAUGAUAUGGGUUUAUGUAUGUUGCUUAUUUUCUUGUAAUGCUUGAUGCCCUAGAUUCUAAUGAACUGAUAUAUGGCUUCUUGUAAGUUGUGAGAAUCAUAUGUAUUUAGUAGUCCAUGAUGCAUUGAACUUGGAGCAUUUACAAUGGGGAUUUAAUAAGAGUUGAAUAGAUAAUGAUUAGGAUUGAAUAGAAGUUUAAUGGAGUGUGAGUGAUGAUAUGAAUGAGAGAGUUGCAUG